UUCAGCUGAGAAGCCUCCUCCUCCUCCUCAUCAUCAUCAUCAUCAUCACCAUCGGUUACACGUCGUCGCCUGUCUGCAACCUCCGGCUUGACAGCACCAAGAGGCGAUUGAUGACUAAUUUUCUGUCCAGAUAGAAUCCAGUGUUGCGCACCUCCGCCAACAUGUCACUGGCAACAGGACUGCUUCUCCUGGGAUUGUUGCACAGUUUGGAAGUAAUCUCUCCAGCACUGGCCAUUGAUGUCCCAAAGACCUGCAGCCCGAAGCAAUUUGGGUGUAGAGAUGGGACGUGCAUCCCCAAGGGCUGGCGCUGUGACCGGGAGAAAGACUGCCCAGACGGCUCUGACGAGGAGCCCGAUGUUUGUCCUCAUAGUACAGUGUCAUGGUGCCCUCACAAUGAAUACCACUGUGGAGGAACAGAGCUUUGCAUCCACCUGAGCAAACUGUGCAACGGGGUUCCAGACUGUACUGACGGCUGGGAUGAGGGACCACACUGCAGAGGUAUCAUAGACGCACACAUCUAUACUGCUGCUAGACAGUAG